AUACAGCACGCAUAUCAAAUCCCCAAUUCCAUUCCAAAAACAAAGUUCUAAAUUCUUCUACACAUCUACAACACCUAGAAAGAUCAGAAGACGGUGCUGAUCCAACCCUCUUUGAUCAAUGUCUAGAGGCGCGCCUUUACACAAAGAUGCGCCGUGGAGGGCCGCCGCUACUGCUAGACCCAUCCCCAAAAUCCACCACUCUCCACUCAUUCGCAUCACUCAAACCCCCUAUUCCGACUAUGCCCUUUCCGUGAUGAAGCACCCUGAUCCAAUUGGGGGUGGGCUAGGAAUGGCGGCCAUAGUGGAGGCAGCUGGACCGGAAUGCAUCAUCCCAGGACAGACUGUACCCAUCAAAUUACUUGGUCUUAAGGUAUGGCCUAUUGUGAUGGAUUUGAAGUUUAUGGAACCCGUGGCACGACAACUUCACCUCAUUGGGAAGUUCAUGGAUUCAGCAGUUGAUUUGAUGAACAAAUCCUUCAUUGAUCGCUAGAUCUGCUGUUGUUUGAAGGAGUUAAAACUGAUGGAGGCAUUAUCGGCAUUGAUUGAUUGAUUAUUAAAAGAGAAAUAGGUGCCCCAUCCCAUCCUGCGUUUUGCUAAACUUAAGUAUGUGGCACCAUCUAAAGUAUAUCUAAUGACCAUUGAUGUAUAAAGUGAAUCUUUUGUUUCAUUUUAGUAUACUCUUUCUUCUUUCCUGAUUUGUCGCUUGGUGGAAGUGUGGAACCCUCAACUCUCCCUACUCUCUAUAAAUAAUCCUGCUUUCUAUACAUUUUUAUACUCUGAAUCAUCUUCAUCUUCUCCAAUUCUCUCUACAUAUAUUUAUACAAUUAUUAUAUCACACUUUUAUAUUAAUUAUCUACUUAUAAA